GAUUCGUAAGCUUACCGCACGGUGCGCCGGUGUGCGACCUGUCGAGAUGGAUGAAUGGCGUAUUUACGUGUUUUAACGUGCAACAUCGCCUAUGUUUUGCCGCUGUCUCGCCUACCCGUGCACCACGUUUCCGUUCUGAGAGUGUCCACGAAGAAAGGAACCCUAACGCGUGACAAUCAAGCCAAGCGGCCGGGCCUCGGUGGAGCCGCGUCGCAGGAAUCGCAUCGUCGUUCGCAGGGACAAUGUUUACCAAGAAGAAAAAGAAACCACAGAUCUCUACGCCGACUAACUUUGAGCACAGGGUGCAUACCGGAUUUGACAAACGCGAGGGCAAGUUUGUCGGAUUACCGCUGCAAUGGGCUUCGAUAGUUGGGAAUAAUCAGAUUCUAAAAUCGACCAAUAGACCAUUGCCGUUGGUCGAUCCAAGCGAAAUCACGCCUACUGAGAUCCUGGACUUGAAGACUAUUGUAAGAGGACACAAUGAUCUUAAGCCGAAUAAACCACUUACCAAUGAGAAGCCUGUGGAGAACGGUUUACCUAAGACCAGUACAGUUUCUCGCUCCAAUUCUCUACGUUCUUCGAGUCCACCACGACUCAGGAGAGAUUACAGGCAUGCCAGCAAUCUUCCACCAUCCGUCCCCGAAGGCCAGGAGGUACCUUCAAAUAUUAAUCAAGGCUUCGUAAACUUUAGCAAGCCACAUAACUACAUCGAUAAAUUGAGACAGAAUUCCCCGAGCGUUGGCAGCGGACUAAGUUCCAGCAUGCAGAACAUGAUACCAAACCUUCAGAAUCUUAAUCCUAAUAUGCAAUCCUCGCCAAACUUAACUCAUUCCGGAUCAAAUGUACCAAAUCUAUCAAUUAAUUUCCAAAACCUAAGUCCUAUUAUUAAUUCACAAGCUCCAGUACAAAGUCCAAAUAAUCCGCAAUUUCCAGAUCCAGAAUUUCAUAGACUAAAUUCCCAAAUGACCAUAACAUCAACUCAAUAUAACGGCAAUGUACAGGGUUCAGCUAUAGAGGCAUCGAGAGAACAUCAAGGGAGCCAAAAUGCGUUAUUACACAAGCUACAGCCAAAAAUUUCGCCAGUAGGUUCAAUAGCCUCGCAAAGACCAUUGAGUCAAUUAAGUUCACAUAAUAUUAAUAAAUAUCCUCAGGCAUAUAAUAUGCCUGAAAAUCCGUCCAACCUCCAGUCACAUCUGAAAAAACCAAUGGAAACUUCUCAAUCAAUGCAUAAUUUAUCAAAACCGAGCAUGCCAUCCACGGUAUCCGGUAGCGGUUCUACUCCGGAUCAAAAUCAAAACAUGAAGAGUGCUGUCUCUUCAGGAAGUUUGGCAGUUGGUACAAGUGCAAAUAAUACCAACAAGCAGGCAGAUCAGAGACUUACACAUGAACAGUUUAGGGCUGCUUUACAGAUGGUGGUAAGCCAAGGAGAUCCGAGAGAAAAUUUGGAGAAUUUCCUAAAGAUCGGCGAAGGCAGCACGGGAACUGUAUGCAUAGCUACAGAUAAGAGUACAAAUCGUCAAGUUGCAGUUAAGAAAAUGGACUUGAGAAAACAACAAAGACGUGAAUUACUUUUCAACGAAGUUGUCAUUAUGAGAGACUAUCAUCAUCCAAAUAUAGUCGAGAUGUAUGAUAGUUUCCUGGUAGACGAUGAAUUAUGGGUCGUUAUGGAGUAUCUUGAAGGAGGUGCACUAACUGAUAUUGUAACACACUCAAGGAUGGACGAAAGUCAAAUAGCCACAGUGUGUUCUCAAUGCCUCAAACCACUAGCGUAUUUACACUCACAAGGUGUUAUACACAGGGAUAUUAAGUCGGACUCGAUAUUACUUACGGCAGAUGGCAGAGUAAAACUAUCAGAUUUCGGUUUCUGUGCUCAAGUCUCUCAAGAAUUACCAAAGCGAAAAUCUCUUGUAGGAACCCCAUACUGGAUGAGUCCAGAAGUCAUUUCAAGGUUGCCAUAUGGGCCUGAAGUGGAUAUUUGGUCAUUAGGAAUAAUGAUCAUUGAGAUGAUUGACGGUGAGCCACCAUUUUUCAAUGAACCACCUCUACAAGCUAUGAGACGUAUCAGGGAUAUGCCGCCACCAAAACUAAAGAAUUUUCACAAAGUUAGUCCACGUCUUCAAGGUUUUCUCGAACGAAUGCUUGUGCGCGAUCCGGCGCAACGGGCCACGGCAGCUGAACUAUUGCAACAUCCAUUCCUCAGGCAAGCUCAAAGUCCUAGUAUCUUGAUUCCAUUAAUGAGAGGCGCCAGGCAUACAAAUUGUUGACAAGUUUACGAUAAUUUUGUAAGUUGGAAUGUUAGUCAAGGUAGAUAUUGUGAUUAUAAGAGUAAUCAUAUCUUCAACGAGAUAUCAUCGUUAUCCUAUUGCAGCUCAUGUUAAAGUUUUUGACAUUUUAUGAGUUGGUUCAGGCGUUUUGUCUUCUGAAUCCUCAUACGCGAGACUUCAAAGUACUUUUUUUUCUUUUUCUUUUUUUUUUCUUUUUCUUUUUUUUUUCUACGAUAGGCACGAUUGAUUAAGAAUAAUAUUUACACAGUUUCAAAUAAUUUAAAUAAAACUACAUUAAAAAUACAUUAAAUAUAACUACAAAAAAAUUUAUAUAAAACAAUAUAAAAUUUAAAUAAAAAUUAAAAAUAUACUUCGAAUUUGAGAUUGGCACUAAAUAUCAGAGAAAUAUUAAAAAACCGAUAUUACUUUUAAGCCAAAGCCUAAUUUGCAGCUUAGUUUCUCUUAGAUUUUUGUAUGUAAAACUUAAGUCUCUAAUAUAAAUCAAUCCCUUUGAUCGUGCCUUAUAUAUGUAUGUAAUAAAGUUAUAUAACUAUACUUUUUAAAAAGUAUUCUAAAAAAGGAAAAUCUUCGAAAAAAUCAUAAUCAUUUUCGAAUUUUACAUUCCACUCGGGUCUGAGCUUGUACUUGUAAGUAUUAUUUCGAAAAUAAGCUAUUACAUUGCUGUAUUAUUUUAUGCAUAUGUAUUAUUUUAAUUAUGCAUUUAUGAGAAUAUGAGACAUAUUAUGUCAGAACAUUCCAAGUAUUGGCACUGCCCGCUUAAUCGGCAGUUAUUUUAACUUUAUGACAGAUAGUUAUAAUUUGGAGAUAUUUACAACAUUAAUUUUCACCUAAGUGCCUUAAGCACUGUUGUAACAAUUAACUUCUUACUGCAAAAAAAAUAAUAGUAUUUGUGUUUGUAGAAAAUAUUCACAGUAAAGUAAUUAUUUUUUUUUUCUUUUUAUUUUCUUGCUAAAUUUAUAGGAAUCUGCAGUUAAAAUUAGACAGUAUAUUUUGUUCCAUUUUUCUAAGUAACAUUGCAUCAUUAUAUAUGCAUCAAUCAUGAACUUUUGUAAUAUUUUACUUUCAUUAUCCCCUAAAAAGUGUAAACAGUCGAUCAGAUGGAAAGCUUUAAAGAUUAGAAUAUAUAUUUGAUUAUUAUCUUCUAGACAACUGUUGCACAUAAUUAGAUUAUUUGCUUAAACAACCAUUUUGUAUAUUUGAGAACAGGGUUAUGAUAUAUAUUAUUUAAAAUAAAUAGUCUGAAUAAAUGUGGAAAAUGUUGCAUGUAGAUCCAUAUGGAAAUGCUUGCAUUUGAUAAGAAAAUUUAUCAUUUUCCGAUAUAUCAUUAGUAUGUAUAAAAAAAAAAUAGGAAUGUUGUGUACUCUGACAUAUAUAGAAGGCAGAAAACCGUGAUCCUUUGAUAGUAAUGAAUUGUGUAUGUACAUGUAAGAUGUAUAUUUUUAAAAUCAAAUUGUAUUUUUUUGUACGAUUGAGAUUAUUAUGUACUGUAAUUUUAAUUAGGAAUUUGUGAAUUUUACAAUUUCUCUAUUGCAGAUUAAUUUAGGAAUUACAUAGAGAACAGUCUAUUAUAUAUCUGCCGCCUGUACAUUUUGGCUAUUGAUACUGUAUUUUCAAUCAUGCAAUUUUUUAAAUUGAAAUUAUCGUUUAUCUAAAUGAAUACAUGAUUAUGAACCUAAUCUAUAGAUUACGAAAGCAAUGAUAGUCAACAGUUUUUUGAAAGUAUGGAAAUAUAUUUGUUAAACAGUGUUUAAAACCUGCAAUCAUAUUAAAAAUAGAUCUGUUCGACUAUACUCGCCAUAUAUUUAAGUAAUUACCUUAUAAUAUUAUAAUCAAACCAAUAAAACAUCACCGCGUAUUUCUUACACAUAUUACAGUUACAGAUUGGAAACUAUUCUGUAUAUAAAAUGUAAAAAGUCUGGAAGAGAAGGAAUAGAUAAGAGCCGAGUACAGUACAUAAAUGUACUUAUAUUAAAAAUUCUUUUUAGUAAUGAACGUUUCAGUUCUUUCUUUAAACCAUCUUUAGCGUAUAAGAGUAAAUAACAUACUUCUUUUUUAUAUUUCUAUUAUUU